AUGCGCGAGGUCAACUUCAGCAUCCCGAAUUCGAACAAGGCCUCUGUCGGCAUCACCACUGCCCUCUAUGACCGCCGGGCGCUCGACUGCACUUCCACCCUUCCUCUGAUCAACUCGCUCAACCACCUCGCCUACCUUACUACCUCCUCGGCCCGCAUCCGUGACAUUCUCACCGUCGAUGGAGGUGUCGAGCGCUUGGUUUGCAUCCUGAAAGAGGGGAGGAGCAAGGACAUGAUGGACAUCUGGAAGUGGAACCUCGCUUUCCAGUGCGUCGUCAACAUUGGUGUCCGAGGCUCUGAGGCCGUGAGGACGAGGGUGGUGGAGGCCGACAUGGUCCCCGUAAUUGCUACCGUUCUGGACAAUUACAUCCGUGUCAUCGACAAGUGUCGGGAGAAGGCCGAAGCCGAGUACAAACGCAGCAAUCCCCGCUUUGGUAUGUCAGGGAGGCACUACAGCAGGGCCGGAGACCCUCUGAAUCCUGGUCUCGGCCACCGCUCGGAGCGCGCGCGUCGUCAUGCUCCUCCCCCGAUCGAAAUCCCGCAGCCUGUACCCUUUCCCCAGCAGAUGGAGGCACAGGCUGCGGAUGCGGCCCCGCAGCAGCCCUUCGCCAUAAGCUCUCCCCCGGAGCGCACCACCUUCUCGCGGUCACACCACCAUCACCACCACCAUCGCAACGAGAACCGGACCCACAACCUCGCACCUAGGAGCGGCUCGAGCCGCCAGCACGCUACUCAAACGCUCCACACUGGUGUCUCUAACUUAGAUACCCAGGAAUCCUUUGGUCUCCGCCCUGUUAGAGAUGCUGAUCGCCUUCCUUCAAUGCUUCCUUCAUUGCAGCGUGAAAUGACUUCACAGCCCGAAUCGCCCACUACACCCAACGCCGUUGCCCAGCCGGGGUCAUCUAGGUCCGAGAUUGCCGCCGCGAGAAACCGUAGGAGACCCUCGAUUCGCCAUCAAGUGUCGACCUCGGGCGACUCGGACAACGAUGGCCAGGUCGAGGAGAUUGUUGCUGAGGACUCUGCAGCAGCAGGAUCCGCUGGCGAGCCCAUCGUCGGCAUCCAGAACGAAAUAAACAUGCAGGAUAUUGUUGAUAACGAGGAGAUGCUCGACGCGGGUGCGACGCCCGUUGGCCUCACGGCACAGGCUUCUGAAGCCACUGAUGCCGAGACGUUUAAUAUUACUCAUCGAUCAGCCAUCGAUGGCAGUAUUCUCAACCCGGCAGCAACUCAAGCGGCAGGUCCGUUGGGUUUCUCGCCUGUACAGCCUGCCAUCACUGUAGCAAACGCAACCCCUCCCACAGGCAUGCAGGCCAACUGGUAUCCGCGCUCGGUUCAGGACCGCAAUGCGACUGCUGGUGUGCUUGCUGCCAUGCCCAGGGACGAGGACGUGCUCAUGUCCCUUCAGCUUCUAGCAUACGUUUCCAAGUACUGCAACCUCCGCUCGUACUUCCAGAAGUCGCACCUGGUGCCCAAGCUCCGGAUCGGCAAGGAGCUAAACCUCCUCGAUGGCGAUGGCUCGGUGCCGAUGGCGGAGGAGGAGGAAGAAUGCGAAGAGGAGUAUUUGCUACCCGACGAUUUUAACAUCUUCCCCCUGGUGGAGAAGUUCACCGUCCGUCAUCAUUCCCAGGAUAUGCAAUACUGGGCGGGCGUGGUAAUGCGCAACCUUUGCCGCAAGGACGAUUCCCGCGGUGGCAUCCGGCAAUGCGCUUACUACCAGUGCGGCAAGUGGGAGGAGUACACGCGCCAGUUUGCCAAGUGCCGCCGCUGCCGUCGCACCAAGUACUGCAGCAAGGAGUGCCAGAAGAGCGCGUGGGUUUAUCACCGGCAUUGGUGCGUCGCCGCGCAGCAAUAA